AUGCCGUUACUUCCAUUUAAUCCAGAUGCCGACAUACACUUACAUACCGAUGCUUCUAAGUUUGCUGUUGCUGCUGUACUUUUACAGCGGGAUCCCACUGAUAGUUCUAAGUUUCGACCCAUUGAGUACAGGCUGCAAAAAUUCAGGAAUAAUCAAUAUCAAUGGGAUAUUCACAUCAAGGAGUUUUAUGCUGUCAAAUGGGCAUUUGCAAAGUUUCGGUAUUACCUUGAAGGUAGAUCCUUUAAAGUUUUUGUCGACCAGAAGUCUAUUCCCCAAAUUUUCAACAGGUAUUUGUCUGCUACUGCUGUCAAUUCAGAACUCGAUCCUAAGCUUCAACGUUGGAUCAGUUCCCUUUUUCAUUACAAGUUUCAAAUGUUUUACCAAGAAGGUGCGUCAAAUGUUUUAGCGGAUCAUUUAAGUCGCAACCCAGCCUUUCAACCUCUUCCACCUUCAACUGCAGGUGCCUCUAUUGAAUUGUCCUUAACUGAUGAUUGGCUCAAACUUUUCAAAGACGCUUAUUUAGCUGAUCCUACUUUCUCCUCGUUGUACGAACAAUGUUGUCAGUCUCCGGCAGAAGUUCCCGAUUAUAAUUUACUGGCAGAUGGCAAUUUACUUUACUACCAAUCUAAACUUUGUAUUCCGCAACGUGUCUUACCAGAUUUCCUUUGGCACACACACAUGUCUCCCGCUGCUGGUCACCCUGGCGUCCGUCGUUGGUAUCAAGAUAUCCGCACCAAAUUUCAUUUUCCAGAUAUGUACAACACGGUGUUAAAUUAUGUCGCAUCGUGUACCGUUUGUUCUCGCACCAAAAGUAAUUCUCACGCUCCUGCCGGUUUACUCCAAGCCAGCCACCCGGUUGCCGGUCGCUGGACUGAUAUUGCGACAGAUAUUGUUAGUGGUUUCCCGACGGUCACUCAUGAAAACGCUACAGUUAAUGCAAUUCUCACUAUAGUGGAUAUGUUUACCAAUAGAGUACAUUUAUACCCAAUUUCAAGUUCCUUUUCGGCUGAAGAUUUUGUUACCUUGUUUAUGACCAAAUACUUUCCAUAUCACGGGUUACCACAGUCCAUUACUUCGGACCGUGGGCCCCAGUUUGGAAGUGAUUUUUUUCAAUCGGUGUUCAAAGGUCUUAACGUGCGCUCCCGUCUCACAGUAGCUAUGCACCAGCAAGCCAACGGCCGGGUCGAAAAUCGGAAUAAAUUGAUUGAAACAUACUUACGCUUAUAUAUUACGGAAAAUUCCCAAUGGCCUACGUUAAUUCCCAUUGCUGAAUAUGUGCUUAACUCCCAACCACUGACUAGUUUAGAUCACAAAAGUCCAUUUGAGGUGGACCUUGGGUAUGUUCCUAAGUCUCCAGUUGCUAUGUUAUUUCCACACAACCAGGAAUCUCUUUCUCGUCAAGCCUUAGAUAUUACAGAGCUGCUUGCUCGCUACACGAAUGCCGCGGUAGCUGCUCAUGCGGCCGCAUUUCAACUUGCCAAAAAGUAUUAUGAUGCCAAACAUACGGAUGUUGAAUUUGAGAUUGGUUCUGAAGUUUUUGUUGAUAACCGUUUUCUCAAUAGCCAUCCUGAUGGCCACGACUCAGUGCUUGUCCCCAAAUUACGGACUAAAUUUUCUGGACCUUUUACAAUCCUCUCUAAAAGUGGGUUAGUCAAUUAUACUUUAGAAAUGCCAUCGUCCUAUAGAGGUGAUCCUACGUUUCACAUUUCACAACUCCGGUUAAAGAAAACGGUCCCCUCGAAUUAUCUUGUGGCCCCCUCCGAACCAGUUGCGUGGAAACGUUACAAAGAUGGGUCUAUUCUUGUUGAUGUUGUUGCUAUCGUGGGUCAUCGCAAGGUCGGUCGUGGAUUUCGAUUAGCUGCUCGCCAUGCUCCCACAACAACUCAUCCUGACGGCGAAAUUGUUGAAUAUAUGGCAUCAGCGUUGCUGAGAACCGCCCCGGACUUGGUUAAAACUUAUGUUUCCGCCCAUGGUCUUCCAGUUCCGUUGAAGUAA